AUGGACCGGCAGCUGGACCUCAGGCCAAUGCAGGUGUCUGAGAAUGUUAUUUAUCAGUACCUUUUGUUUUUGAGAGAAUCAGGAUCAGCCCCGACCUUAGCAGAUGCGACGGUGAAAGCAGUAUGGUUCAUGCACUCCUCAGCAGGUCUCAUUGACUUUCAUGCUGACAUGUUUUCAUCCAGAAUUACAGGAGUCUGCAGAGACAUGUUCAUGCGGAAAAGGAUCUUGAAGCAGGCUCCUGCCUUUCCUGCGCGCGUGGUCCGAGCCCUGGAGGAGUAUGCACUUCAAACCAGAAAUGCCGUGGAUUCCAGAUUUGUCAAUUUCAUCCUCUUUUGCAUUUUCUCUAGCUGCCGUGUUGGGGAUGCUUCGAAGAUUACAGAGGUGACUUUUUCUCAAUUCCAGGAAGUGUAUCUUGUGGAGGCUGCCAAAACGGAAGCCAAGACACUGCAACGAUGGAACGUAGGAGAAUGUUGUUGCCCUUCACUGCAGUAG